AAUAGAAAAUAAUUAAAAUAAAUAACAAUGUGCUUAUUCUAGUCUGUAAUCCUCAUUUCAUUCUAAUAUUUUAAUUAAAUGAUUAAUUGAUAAUCUUAAUUGAAUUGUUUAUGCUUUAAUAUUAUAUAUAGAUUAUAGAUAGCUAAUGUAAAUAAUUAACCCCAUUUAUUCAACUUGGGGAGCGCCUAAAUUAAACCCACAUGAGCUUUUUUGGAUUUCAUGCACCGUGGAAGUGACAUCAAUAGUAUUCAGAUAGAGAAGCAGCUGAUGUGUUUUCAUAUGGUAAGAAGAUGAUGGAUUGGUGGUUGUAUUCAGAUAAUCCUCUGUACCUUAGCAAAUACAGAAGAUCAUGUCAGGCAGCAUCACACCUUUUUACCUUCAUUUUCCAUCAAAAGGUUGUAUUAGAUUGUCUUGAAGAUAGCUGUGUUAUAUAUAGUAGGCUGUAGCUUCAUUUUUCAUGGAUGGCUAUAAAUUUUCUAGAUAGUGUUUUUUGAAAGAUAGCUGUAGCUUCUGGUGCAGGUAUAUAUAUAUAUAGAAGGAAAGUUCAUGCCUUGAAAGAAGGAAAUCAUGCAUAAAAAUGCCAUCCAUGAUCGUUUGGGGGGGCUAUUUUUAGUUUAAUCUUUGUAUAUUUAUUACCAAGCAAAAUGUUGUAGCAACAACAGUGGUAGAUCCAUUUUGUGGAUCCAGAAAAACAGCCACUGCUGACACCUUAUCUUUCAGUAACCUUCAAGCUCUCCUCCAUCUUUAAGAUUGAAUGCUAGCAAUGCUGGAUUUUACAAUUAUAGUCCUGGCCACGAACCAGACACAGUUUAUGGUCUUUAUCUUUGCCGAGGAGAUGUCUCCCUUAGUCUAUGUCGCGAGUGCAUCGCGAAAGCAAGUUGCGACUUCUUACAGCUGUGUCCUAACAGCUCCGAGGCCUUUGUAUGGUAUGAUCAAUGCAUGCUACGCAUCGCAGCUUCCUCGUCUGUUAGAGACUCAACCAUACGGUUAUGUUUACAACAAUUCUAGACUUGAAACGGCCGAUGUUUUGGCGAAUGAUUUUUUACCGAGAUUUAUAGAAUCUGUCGGACAGUCGAAAUCCAUGUUUGUCCGAGACUGUUAUAACGGUACUGGGAACGAGAUGAGGUAUGGUAUAGUGCAGUGCACCAGAGAUCUCAGCCUCGAUAAUUGUACUAAGUGUUUGAAUGGAUUGCUUAAUCAUUCCAAGUCAUGUUGCCAAGAGAAGUAUUUAGGAUUUCAGAUAUUGUAUCCAAGUUGCUAAUUGGAUGGAUAUUGUUCAGAAAAUCUUUUAGAAUUUGAGCUUAAAAUGGUACUUUUUCUUGAUAUUUUUCCAAGUUUUUUUCUUUGUGAAACCGCUUAAUUCGUAAUUUAUUGGUAUGGACUAUGGAUCCAUUGAUCCAGGCGGCGUUGGUUUGGAGCAAAUUAUUGCUGUUUUGUGCCCAGAACCCUUGCGGCUGCUCAAUUCUAAUACCUAUUGCGCAAAGCUGGAAAGUUCCUGGGCUUUGACUGAACCUGUUAGAAAUCAUGGGCUAAAGUAUUUGUUUUCCAUUCUUACUCUUUGAUGAUGACAUCCCACGUUUCUGCACAGAAUUUGGGAAUCCUGUUAGCUGCUCUUAAGUUUAUUUUAUUUGUUUUUUUCAAGUUAUUUCUCUUAGUUGGGGCAGAGAGCAAUAUAGAUGAUGGAACAGUGUGUAAAACUUUCUGCCUUCUCUCCCAUGUGAGAAAUUUAGUGGUUUUGAUCCUCUGAUAGAGUUCCCCCAAGAUUCACUUCUGGCUAAUCAUUAAGCAGCCAUAGCUUUCUCGUUCUCUGAAAUUUUGGUGUGCGAAAUGGCUAGGAGCAGAAGAAGAGUGGCAUUGAGUUUCCUUUUUUCCUUCAAGGGUUUAGCCUCUACCAUUGCGGUUAUGGGCUGCUUCUUCUUCACUUGCUCCUUCCUCCUCAACGUUCAUGUUGGUUCUUCCACUCCCACUGACCAUGAUGUUUUAGGUUUGAAACAAUAUGAACGUAAUGACGGGAGACAUCCACUUUCUCUCACAUCAAACGCUCUCAAGGCCCAGUUGAAGGAAACUGUGCGGUCAGUGGUUGACUACCAAGGCUUGGUGCUUAUGCAUGGUUCCAUAGCUCGGAAACUAAAACUUGAGAACUCUAAGCUUGUUAGGAAUUUUGCUGAGAUUUCGAUAAACUUCACAGAUCUCAUAAAAAAGGCUUCUCACUGUGAUGUUUCAGAUUCCAAUACAGCAUUGGUACACCGAUUUCUAAAGCAGGCGAAAGAGAAAGUUAAAUUUGCUAAGCAAUUGAUCUCUAACUCAAAAGGGUCUUUUGAUAGUCAACUCAAGAUUCAAAAACUGAAAGACACAAUUUUUGGUUUGGAGGGACAGAUGACAAAAAUGAAAACUAAAGGUGAGCUCGCGAAAUCAAUUGCUGCAAAAGCAAUCCCAAGAAACUUGCAUUGCCUUGCAUUGCGGUUAAUGCAAGAGAGGAUUGAGAAUCCUAUUCGUUACAUCAACAAACAGACGAAGUCACGGCAGCCACGGCAAGAGUUUGAAGAUCCGAAUCUUUACCAUUAUGCUAUAUUUUCAGAUAAUGUUCUUGCAGCUUCAGUGGUGGUGAAUUCAGUGGUGCAAAACGCAAAGGAGCCAUGGAAACAUGUUUUACAUAUUGUGACAGAGAGGACAACUCUUGCAGCAAUGAAAGUGAUGUUCAAGUUGAAAGACCACAAUGGGACGCACAUUGAAGUGAAAGCAGUUGAAGAUUACAAAUUCCUGAACUCAUCUUAUGUGCCAGUGCUUCGACAACAAGAAUCUGCAGAGUUGCUGGGAUAUUAUUAUGGGAAUGGACUCGAAAACUCGACAACCGGCUCUAGCAACUUAAAGUUCAGGAACCCCAAGUAUUUAUCUAUGCUGAACCAUUUGAGGUUUUAUUUGCCAGAAAUGUAUCCAAAAUUGCACAAGAUUUUAUUUUUAGAUGAUGAUGUAGUGGUUCAAAAGGACUUGACAGGGUUGUGGGAGAUUGACAUGGAUGGGAAAGUGAAUGGAGCGGUCGAGACAUGUUUUGGGUCAUUCCAUCGAUAUGAUAAAUACUUGAAGUUUGAUCAUCCUUUGAUUAAGGAGACGUUCGAUCCCAAGGCAUGUGCAUGGGCUUAUGGAAUGAACAUUUUUGAUUUAGAUUCCUGGAGAAGAGACAACUGUACUGAAAAGUAUCAUUAUUGGCAAGAGUUGAAUGGGAAUCGAACUUUGUGGAGGUUGGGGACACUGCCACCAGGUUUAAUCACAUUUUAUUCCACAACAAAGCCACUAGACAAGUCAUGGCAUGUUCUAGGGCUAGGCUAUAACCCAGGACUUAGCGAGGAGAAGAUUCAAAAUGCUGCAGUUAUUCACUACAAUGGAGAUUCAAAACCUUGGCUUGCCACCGCCAUUCCUAGGUACCAGCCGCUUUGGACAAAGUAUGUCGACUAUGAUCUGGAGUUUUUCCGAGCCUGCAACUUUGCCCCCUAAUCAAAUGGCCAUAUCUUAAGCCUCGAUUGGUGUAAACAAGUAUUUGUUUGUUAUUUCUACUUUAUUUUGAAAGUAUAAGAAUAUUAAGCAUGUUGGAACUAAAUUAUUGGUUAGAUUGUUGGAUCUACCCAAGUUUUCA